AUGCCGGUGCCGAGCACCAGCGAUCCGUAUCUCCAGUCGACGCUGGGGAUCGACCCCGACGACCCGCGUUUCGUGAAGAUGUCGAACUACGUUCAGAGGCACCGGCUGUUCCAGAAAUUCGAGGCGUUCACGGGCCUCAUCGUGCUGCGGACCCCAGAGAACCCCUGGACGACGCUCUACGAGACCUACAAAAAGGUCGUCAAGGCGCACUGGUCAGAGGGCGAGACCUUGAUCGAUGUCUUAGUGCGCGUUUCCGGCGAGGAUAUGCCGCAGCGGGAGCAGCCGCUGGAGACGGAGUUCCGUCUGCGAGAGGACGAGUACGUGGACUACCUGGAGCGCAACCAGGUCAAGCAGACGCUCUCGGACGCGCUCGCCUGCAUUCUCGGGCCGGACUGGGACAUGCCGGACGACAGCGACAACGCGCUGCUGCAGAUGAUGCGCAACUGGGCCACGACGCGCGAGGGCUACCAGGGCGACGAUGAAUACUACGAGGGCGCGGGUGGGCAGUCAUGA